AUGAAUAUGAACAUAUCUGGACGAGAUCGUCCUAAAACACCAGAUGAACACAUAGGUAGAACUUUCAACCAUCCAAGGAUUUCAAGAGGUAAUUCUUCAGGUGAUUAUAAUCGAAGAGAAAAUUCAAGAACUUUAAAAAUAUCAGGGUUCAACAAAGAUACACCUUUAGAGGCUGUUAAAGCAUUUGUUGAAGCUUUUGGUCCAUCAUUUAAUUUCCAAAAUAAUAUUCCUAAUUUUGGCUCUGUUUCAUUUAGUAUGUAUGAUAUACGCAAUAUUAUUCAAAUUAAAAUUAACAUUUGUCAUCAGAAAUCAUUUGACACUAAGCUUUACUGCGAUUCCGAAUUUGAAAAAGUUUCUUAUUGCGAUUCCAUUCUAUUACAGCCAAAAUUUAUGAACCAUUCUAUAGUUUCUGAUCAAAUUAAAAACGAAUUAAUGAGUUAUGGUGAUAUUAGUGCUUGUAUUCAAUUAAUUAAUAAUUCAUUUCUUGUUAGAUUUUAUGAUUGCAGAGUUCCAGCGGCAAUCAUCGAGAGCGGUCCAAAAUUAAUAAAUUCACAUGUUUUUAUCCCUUCAUACUCAAAUAUGGAUACAUUACACCCUUCAGACACAGCAAAACAUGUAACUGACUCAAUACCUCAAUUCUCUAGACCAAAAUUACUCGAAAUCAUUCAAGGAAUGAAAAACUUUGCAAAACCAGCUUAA